AUGCCGGCUACCGAGGUCGCAAACUUGGUGAAUGAGAUCUCUGGCCUCAAGCUGGAGGGGUCUUGGCGCUUCGGCAAGCGGCCAUACUCCCGCGCCGACCCGCCGCCUGCGCCGGCCUCUCACCACUUGAAACAGAUCUACAUGUCGGAAGUGACGGCUGCCAUCAUAGGGGCAGGUGGUGACUACGAACCGGACCGGGCGGUGAGCGACGUGGACGACCCCGACUUGGGGGCGUCCGCCUUGGAGGACACCGCGACAGGCGGCGUCUACGAAGCAGGCGGCUCCGAAGAGGGCGGCAUCGAGACCUGGCCUAAUGAUGAGGAGGAGGAAGAGAAGCCGCGCCCUGCGCGGGGCGCUGGCAGGUCGGACGCGGGCCCCUCCGUUGAGCCGACUGCUCGAGGCGGCACACGCAAGCGUAAACAAGGUGCCGUCUUGUUCGGCGGCGCGCCGAAGAAGGCCAAGAAUCCGACUGCCGCGACUAGACGGAAGGAGGCCGCCGCGAAGGCGAGCAAGUUCCAGAAGCUCCCAAAGGCGCCUCCCUUGGUGUCGGCGGCUCCGCUCUCUCUCGAGAAGUUGGCCACCGCCUCCAUCGUUGGGUCGGCGGAGACCUCCACCACCACCCAGCGAAUCGAUCCGGUCGCCGACCUCCGGGAGGUGCGGGAGCGAAAUGCACGGGUGGUGCAUGAGGAGCAGGAAGCCUCCCGCCUGGAGAAGGCGGAGGCGGACAAGGAGGAAGCCGCCGCCUUGAAGAAGCUGGCGGAGGUCGAGGCCGCUACCGCGGCGAAGGAACAGGCCGAAGAGACCGCGCGCUGCCAGUCGGCGUUAUUCGUCAUGCCCCUGAACUCCGCGCCGCCACCACCAGAGUUCGUGGCGUCGGCUGGGGGAGCCGGCGAUGAGCACCCGAUCAUGGAGAGGGACGGCGGCAAUGUCGUCAUGCCGGACGCGGCCGUGCCUCCGCCACCGCCAUCCGGAGAUGCGCGAGACCAGCAGCCGGCGGACGCACCGGUGCCGCCAGCCAGAGACGAGUUGGUGACUGGCCCGACUCCCGAGGUCCGCACACCAUCGCGCCGCCAAUUUGCAAAGGCGGCCUCGGCGCCACGCCCACUGGAGACCGGUGCCGCGAGCUCCUCGAUCCCGGACGCCGAGGCGACCAGCGCCGCGCCCACUCAGUGGGUGCGGGGAGGCGGGACGGGCCCUUUGAAUAAGGCGAUCCUGGACGUCCAGGCCAAGCUCCGCGCCGAAGCCGACGCUCUCAAGCACUCCAACUAG